GAUCUUCCCAUCCAACCGGUGCCAAAGCCCGGGCUGAGAAGGGUGCAGGCUGUCACUUCCAUCACCACCCAGUUGGGCGAACUAACCGGGUGGUAUCCAUGGGUUAUUACCCAUCCAAGGAGCUCUUCCGAGCGUUCCGAUCCGAUCUGAAUGAGGUCGGCCGGAUCGGGGAGGAGUACUUCGCCCGGCUAGUGAAGUCGAAGGAUGAGGAGAGGGCCCAGAUGGAGGCCAUGAUGGUCGAAUGUCAGAAGGAAAAGGACUUUGAAUGGGUGAAUAGAGAAUUCACCCAAGUCCUUGAUAGAAUGGUAGUGGAUACCAAUCGACGUACCAACGUGGAGAGGAAUAAUGCUCUUCCACGUUGCCCGGUAGGUCAAUUGAUACCCAUCAGGCAUCAGAUUACGCAGCUCGUGAACUUGGGGCUUCUGCAUGUACGACGAUUGUUCUUGGAUCAACCGGUCGUCAAGCGUAAUGAAACCCUCGUCCCCGGGCUGGGCAUCCGAGGCCACUUGCGCCACGGGAGAAGAAGGAGCGCAAGUGGAAGCAUCAACCGGCUUCUUCUGUGGAGAAAUGUUGUUCCCGAUGGAUACACAUUAACUUCGCUGCUCAGAGCUUGCUCCACAGUCCUGGCGUUGAGAGAGGGGAUGGCCGUGCAUGCUUUGGUAGUCAGUGCAUUUGUAAAGUUUGGGAAGCUGACCACUGCCAAGAAACUUUUUGAUGAAAUGCCUGAAAGGAAUGUGAUUUCUUUUACGAUUAUGAUUGAUGGGUGCGCAAAGGCCGGAGACAUGGUGUCUGCUAGGUUUUUGUUUGAUCAGUCUAAUGAAAAAGAUAUAAUUGCCUGGUCAGCUAUGAUAUCAGGGUAUGCACAGAAUGGACAGCCUGUUGAAGCUGUGAAGUUGUUCUUUGAAAUGAUGUCUAUUAAUCUUAGGCCAGAUGAGUUUGUUAUGGUCAGUUUGAUGUCUGCCUGCUCUCAAAUAGGAUGUUUAGACCUGGCCAGACGGGUAGAUUGUUAUGUGAUGCAAAGCUCAUUUAAUCUUCACCAACCCCAUGUAGCAGCUGCUCUUGUAGAUAUGAAUGCAAAAUGUGGAAACAUGGACAGAGCAAUGGCUUUGUUUGAGGAGAUACCUAAGCGUGAUGUAAUUCUGUAUUGUUCAUUGAUGCAAGCACUUUCGAAAGAAAAUGAGCUUCUCAAAAGGGCACAUCAAUUUGAAAAGAAAUCUUUAUGGAAGCAUGGCAGUGUGCAUGGCGAUCACUGCUUCUCUUUAGUAGUGAUGGCAGCUCCAACAGCAGCUACCAAUGUGCAGUUGUUUUUUUCCCGAUGUUCCCAGUGUCAUGCAUUAAGGCAGCUGAAAAUGACUAAAUCCAUAGAAGAAUCUCCGGAUUGGCUUCAAAUUUUUCAGGGUCAGCAUCGCCUUCAAGGGAUUGCCCUCUUAGUGAAGGUGAUGAUGAAGAUGGAGUGAGUCUUGGGAAACUCUUUUUUAUAGUUUAAUCCAAUAAAGCCGUAUCUGAAAACAAUCACACUGGGAUGAAUCAUUAAUCAAGAAGCAUUCUAAAG